ACACUUGAAUCCGGAGAUUAGUGAUGUCAAACUUCAGUCUGCGAAUCAAAGCUCCUCGAGGGGAGAAGACAGUUUCCGUCCCUAGUUCAUGUUCAGUUAAAGAGCUUCGAGAUGAAGCAUCAAAAGCGUUCGAGACUCCAUCAGAAAGACUCAUUCUGAUUUUUGGAGGCAAGAUUCUUAAAGAUGAAGAUACUAUUGAACAACUGAAAAUCAAGGAUGGGUUUAUUAUCCAUUUGGUGAUUUCGAAACAACAACAGCCCUCCCAGGUAAACCCAACAGGAACCUCUUCAGUUGUAACGGAUGUGGGCAAUAGACCAAGAGAAAGUAGAAGUCCAAGUAAUCCAUCACAAACUGGUGCUACUGGUGUGAACACUUUCGCCGGUAUGCAACAAGCUAUGCAGGCUCAAGUGAUGCAGAAUCCCGAACUUCUUCGCAACAUGCUAGACAGUCCUCUUGUUCAAUCUUUGAUGAGCAAUCCAGAGGUCAUCAGAAGUUUAUUUCAAGCGAAUCCUCAAAUGCGUGAUUUGAUUGAACGCAAUCCUGAGUUAGGACAUAUGCUUAACAAUCCAGAUCUUCUUCGACAGUCCAUGGAGAUAGCCCGCAAUCCGGCUAUGAUGCAGGAGAUGGUUCGUAACUAUGACCGAGCGAUUUCCAAUCUGGAGUCGGUACCCGGAGGAAUGAAUCAUUUGCAACGGAUAUUUCGGGAUAUCCAAGAACCAAUAAUGGAUGCAGCCUCAAGCAUUGGCUCCAGCUUAAGCGGUAAUCAGUCAAAUGGCAAUUCGGAGCAAAAUCCCUUCGCAAAUUUAGCAGGUGGUGUGCGACAAGGUGCUCCUGCCACUGAACCUAUGCCGAAUCCUUGGGCUCCAGCUACAAACAACUCAUCUACAAAUAACAAUACUACAACAGCACCUAGUUCGGCGAAUUCAAAUCGUAACAGUGAUUUUGUGCAAACUAUGCUAAACCAACUAUCUUCUAGUCCUGAGUUGGUAUCGAAUGCUUUUCAGGUUCCAUACGUGCAAGCCAUGCUUGAAGCAAUGAGUGCAAACCCUUCAGUUAUGGAAAAUCUAAUCAUGAAUAAUCCAAUGAUUUCUAGCGUUAAUCCAAAUGUACGUGAUCAAAUGCGACAAAUGCUCCCACAAUUAGCUAACCAGAUCAAUCAACCAUCAUUUAUGAACAUGUUAUCAAAUCCUCGUGCUCUCCAAGCUAUGAUGCAGAUCCAACAAGGACUUCAGACACUGCAACAAGAAGCCCCAGGUGUGUUAACUAGUUUAGGUAUGUCUGCACCUCCAACUGGUCCAGGUUCAGUUACAUCUGGUACAACCCCAACUGCAGAGACCCCGGCAACAGUUCCAGCUCCUGGAGACAACUCUGACUCCACAACAGCUGAUCGUACCAAUGAUACUACAGCCAAUCCACCUAAUCAAGCUGAAUUGACCACACUAUUAUCCAGUAUGCUGAAUAUGAUGUCUACCACUAAUAGUGGAUUGGGUGCCACAAACAAUGCUGUAAGAUAUACUUUUACAAUUUUCUAUUCGUUUGAAUUCAUCCAUAAAAUUUACCUACACUUAUUUAACGUCUUUUUGACAAUUUGCUAAUUUUAAUUUUGUAGCCACCUGAACAACGAUAUCAAGCUGAACUUGAAGUUCUCGCUAAUAUGGGCUUUGUUAACCGAGAAGCUAAUUUGCAAGGUAAUUGUAAAUUGUUCACUAACAAUGUGUAGGUUUAUAAAAAAAGUUGUAAAUCAAUUUAUUUUAUAAGGCAUAAAAAUUCUGUCUUACUACCCUCUUGGUUAGACAUUUAUAACCGUUUAAUAUAUUGCGAUAUGUAAAUACUAUAUCUUCCUUAUCAUGGUUUAUAAUAUACGUACAUAGUUUCCUUUUUUUUAGUCUAAAAAUUACCCUUGUUACAUUUGAGACACUAUCUUAGAAUUCUGCUCAAAUUCAGUUAAGUAGGCGUUGGUGAGACGGUUAAAUCAUCAAGCUGCAGGUUGAUUAAACUAAUCUAUAAAAAAUUGAGUAUCACUAUCCAAUUAUUCUUAUAAAUCUGCCAUUUUCUUUGAUCAUGACUCUUUAUAACCCUUUGUCGGUCGAUCAAGUGGAUUUAUAUGCAUAUGCAUUUUUGUGUGCUUCACUUUUUUUUCUACUAAUUUAUUUCAGAAUACUUCGGUCUAGGUAAAAAGAUAUUUUUUACUGGUUGGUUGAAAGCUAUACUAUUAAUACAGUAAUCUUGAUCUGUACCCUUUCAAAAUAUUUGUUGGAAAACCUUGAUUCCAAAUCAGUGAUGCACAUGGGCUCCAGGAUCCUAAGGAAACAAAUGGCGUAUGAACCUAAUGUUGAUCACUAGCUACCAUGGAACGGCAUCUCCUGAUGUUGCUCCAUCGCCUUGUGAGGUAGACCUUUAGGUCGAAGGCUCGGGGUGUGACCCCCCGAAUGCCCUGGUACGGCCGAGAGUGGGGAGAGUCCGCUCUCCCUCUCGUAAUACUCUCACACGGCCACGCGUAUACAGCCUCUGCCAGGGAAGUCCUACUCAUUGCCUUCUCGUGGCGGGGGUGUUGUUUACGAAAAUGAGAGGACGAAAAGCGAAUGUCCGGCGCUUUAACCGGAUCACAAACCAAUGGUGCACAUGGGCUCCAGUAUCCUGCGGGAACAAAUGGCGUAUGAACCAAUCGUUGGUCACCGGCUACCAUGGGAUUGCAUCUCCCACUGCCUUGUGGGUUAGACCUUUAGGUCAAAGGCUCGGGGUGUGGCCCCCUAAGAUAACCACCUGCUUCGGUUUGGGUACCCGGGCAGUAUCCUAGCCGUCACAUAAAUCGAAUGAUUUAUGUGGCGCAUGCAUAUUUGGUGCCUCCUUUUACUAAUGUUCAUGUGUUCAAAUAAAAUAAAUAACUAACUUUGUUCGACAUGCAUAAUAUUAUUUCACAGUUAGUAUAAUUUCCAGUUGCGUAGUUGUUUAUCUCAUUUACCAUAGUUUACAAUUAACUUCCUGAAAACAUUUAACCGUAAGCAUAUUUUUAACUAACCAAUCUAUUUAUUAUUAUUUUUUCUACAGCAUUGAUCGCUACAUUUGGGGAUGUGAACGCAGCUAUUGACCGACUCCUUCAAUCAAAUCAGUCAAGAUAAUGCCCCAGGUUGUUCGCUUUAAAUAUGGACAUUAUGUAGUACUUAUUUCAUUUCUAGAGAGGAUAUGCACUAAUCUUUGGUUUUUUUUUAAAAACAAAGAAGACUGUCAAUAUGUAUUUUUCAUCAGUAUAUUUUUGCUGUCACAGUUUUCAUAAACUGUUGCAUUAUAUGUACUUGUGUGCUGCUAUUCAACAGUUUUGCUUUUUAGACUUAUCAAAAGCCUUUUCAUUUUUUUUUUAUUCGCUUCUUAUUAGAACAGUUCGUAUAUGUGUUCUGCAUACUUUUUCAUUAAUUUUCAUAAAGUAUCACACAAACUGCGCACAUCACAGUAAUCAAAUCCUCUUCUACAUCUUUUAUUGUUUGUUUGUUUGUUUGUGUUUUUUUUCUCUUCCCCUCUCUUUUUUGUUAUACCCUCCAUUUCUCUUUUCCUAGAAUUGUCUGUCCAAUAUGUUUCUUUUUGUGUUUUUUCUUAAAGAAAAAAAAGACAAUAUGCAAUUGUAUUUGUUUCUCUUCUUUUUCUUUUUUUCCCUUUGAUUUAAUGUGUGUACUAGCUCUGUAUUUUGAAAUGGUUACGUAGAGGAAGGAAGAAAACAAGUGGGAAAUGUUUUUUUCUCAAAAAAGUGUUUAUUCUCCCGAUGAUUCUUGAAUAUUCUUACAUAUGGUCAAUUGUGUUAACUUCAUUUACAUAUAUGUGGACCAUUUUAGUUAAAUAAGAGAAAAAAUGAAUGUAAUCUAUAAUAUCAAAAAAAUAUAUGCAUAUAUAGACAAACAGU